AUGUACACUCAUUGUAAAGCCCACAACUUAAAUUUGUCAAUUAUUCACACAUGUAAAGAGCCCUUAGUGAGAAAUGUUAUGAAUACGCUGCAAGAAAUAGCGUUUGCGUUUGAGUAUUCAGCAAAACGACUUAAAGUAUUUAAGGACGUAUUGGAAAAUGAUCUUGAGGCAAAGGAACAAAUGAAAAGACGUCAGAAGCUGAAACCAUUAUGUGAAACGCGAUGGGCUUCACGUUCUGAAGCAUUAUACACGUUCAAAUCGGCAUUUUCUGUAUCCCACUCAACUCUCGGACAGUUGGCCACAGAACUUGGAGAUUCAAAGGCUAGAGCGUAUCAAUGUUCUAUUGAGAAGUUUGAUUUUAUUGUGACAUUGGUUACGACCGAACAUGUUUUAUCAGGUCUUGUUGGUCUGUCUAAUCUGCUCCAAAAGAAGGAAUGUGAUUUGUUAGCUGCCGCAGACGAGUCAAAAGUUGUUACUAAACAGCUUCAGAAUGAAAGGAAUGAUCCUGACGUUUGGGAUGCUUUAUACGACAGUGCAGUCGACUUGGCUGCUACUAUCGGCGUCCAGCAAUCCAUGCCUAGACAUGGUGGUGCCCAACAACAUAGGCCAAACGCACCUGCUCCUUCGGCAUAUUGGAAAUACAACAUGUAUUUGCCAUUCAUGGAUCAUCUUCUAGUGGAGUUAGAUAUAAGGUUACCAUCAGCUGAGCCUAGGUUCCAAGCACAAUAUUUGAUCCCGAAGCAAGCUCACCUUCUUACACAGGAAAUAGCGGAAGGCAUCUACAAUAUCUAUCAGGAUGAUCUUCCCGUGGAGAAAAACUUGAGAUCAGACGAUGGAGAACACGCUGGAAAUGAAAAAAGGAGCACUGAACCUAAUGACGACGUGUCGGAUCUCACGAGGCGCCGAGUGCGAUCCGGCAAGGCAAAAUCCACGGCAACCUAUCAUGAUGUUGGUGAUCACGUUGGAAAGGAGGAGGAUGAUGGCGGUGGUGGAAAUAAGGAUAACAAUGAUGAUGGGGAUAACGAUCAUGUUGAUAAUGUUGAAAUUGAUAAUGAUGAAAACUGUAAAAGUGAAGACAUUCCAGCAUGCGCAUCAAAUGAAAGUUUUAUGGCGUCCUUUAAGGCGUACGAGAAAAACAACUACUGUGUUAAAGGCCAAGAACAACUAGAGGGGAAUUACGAGUUAUUUUGUUAG